AUGGCAAUCGCAGAUGCACAAUCUCCUGAUAAAUUCCCAACCAUAGAUCAGUGUGAAUCUAGCGGACGCGAAAAUCAUACCGUAGUUGCUGAUCUCGAUGGAACUUUACUCAUAGGCAGUAGCUCAUUUCCUUACUUUGCACUUGUAGCCUUUGAAGCUGGUGGAAUACUUCGGCUUCUCUUCCUACUUCUGGUUUCUCCUAUUGCUGCAAUAUUGUACUAUUUCAUCUCUGAGGCAGCAGGAAUUCGCGUUCUAAUAUUCGCAACAUUUGCUGGGAUGAAGGUCUCAGAUAUCGAGUCCGUGGCACGUGCUGUCUUACCAAAAUUUUAUACCAGUGAUUUACAUCCAGAAACGUGGCGUGUCUUUUCAUCAUGCGGGAAAAGAUGUGUACUAACAGCAAAUCCUAGGAUUAUGGUUGAGGCCUCUCUCAAAGAUUAUUUAGGUGCAGAUAUGGUUUUUGGAACAGAGAUAUCAAUCUGGAGGGGGAGAGCUACAGGACUUGUAAAUGGUCCUGGAGUACUUGUUGGUAGAAACAAAGCUGAGGCCCUUCAGAAGGCCUUCGAUGCUGCAUCAGCUCCAGAAAUUGGAUUUGGAGACCGGAAGACCGAUUUCCCAUUCAUGAAGCUGUGCAAGGAAAGCUAUGUUGUCCCAAAAAAGCGUAAAGUCCAACCCGUGAGCCAUGACCAGUUGCCUAAGCCAAUAGUCUUCCAUGAUGGGCGGCUUGUCCAGAAACCGAGUCCUCUGAUGGCACUGCUAACCAUUCUCUGGAUCCCAGUAGGCUUCCCCUUGGCCUGCUUGCGCGUUGCAGCCGGCGCACUCCUGCCAAUGCCACUGGUCUAUUAUGCAUUCAGGGCACUCGGAGUCCGGGUCAAUAUCAAAGGAAUCCCACCUCCACCAGCCCAAAAAUCAACAGGCCAGACGGGCGUCCUGUUUGUUUGCUCACAUCGAACUCUUCUUGAUCCAAUCUUUCUCUCCACCGCACUUGGCCGUCCCAUCCCAGCAGUCACAUACUCUCUCUCGCGCCUCUCAGAAAUCAUAGCCCCAAUCAAAACCGUCAGGCUUAACCGCGACCGCAUUAAAGAUGCCAAGAUGAUCAAGAACCUUUUAGAAGAAGGUGAUUUGGCUAUAUGCCCGGAAGGGACAACAUGCAGGGAACCGUUCUUACUAAGAUUUUCAGCAUUGUUUGCUGAAUUAACUGACCACCUGGUGCCGGUGGCCAUGAACAAUAGAAUGAGCAUGUUUCAUGGGACGACUGCUAGAGGGUGGAAAGGACUGGAUCCUUUCUACUUCUUCAUGAAUCCGAGCCCUGUUUAUGAAGUGACAUUUUUGAACAAAUUACCGCAAGAGCUGACCUGCGGUGCCGGGAAAUCAAGCCAUGAUGUUGCUAAUUAUAUACAAAGGAUGAUUGCCUCAACAUUAUCAUACGAGUGUACCAGCUUCACCAGGAAGGAUAAGUACACGGCAUUGGCAGGAAACGAUGGAACUGUCUCCGAUAAACCUGCAAUUGCAGCCAAAAACAUCCUGGGCUGCUAG